UCCUUGUACGUAGAUAUGUGGCUACAUAACGUGCCCGUUCCUACAGGCAACAGUGUUCGGUGUUGUACACACCUCUAAAUCUCCGAGCAUCUCUUACUUGUACCGAUCCACCGAAUAUGUCAUACCACAGCCCUUGGUCACCAUUGCCACUGCUGCUACUGUUGUCGCAUCUCACACAAGUGUUACCGAUGACGACGGCUGGAACGUCUCUAUCCCCUAUGUCAACGCCAAACCCUGCUGAAACGUUUGUACGUCUUGUCGGUGGAUCUACCUCCUAUCAAGGUCGCGUAGAAGUGUACGCUUUUGGGUCAUGGGGAACAGUUUGUGACAAUACCUGGGACGUCAAAGAUGCUGCUGUCGUUUGUUCCAUGCUUGGAUACUCUGACUUCUCAUCCGGAGGUUCUAUCCAGCGCCAGGCAGCCUUUGGGGAAGGCACAGAUCCAAUACGGGUGCAAGGUUUGGCAUGUCUUGGAUCAGAGGUCUCCAUCACACAGUGUCCUGUUGGCGGAUGGGGAGCAGGUAGUUGUGGCCAUGACCAGGACGCUGGUGUCACGUGCUCAUCAGCACAGCGCCCCAAUGACUUCCUCCUCAUAACAGAUUCGGCAGAUAAGAAGAUCUACCGUAUGGAUGGCAGCACCUACAGCUAUGUGAACAUACCAGUGUCCUCAGCAGACAGUCCCGUGGCCAUUGGUUAUGACUUUGUAGAUGGACGAGUCAUUUGGACAGACGUUGGUUCCAAACAAAUUCGCAGUGUGACACUUUCUGGCACAACGGAGAAAGUUAUCUGGCAGCUUAAUGCAGUGGCUGUGCCCAAUGGUAUCACCGUCGACCCAGUGACACGCUUAAUAUUCUACACAGACACUGGCAACAACAUCAUUGGACUGAUGACAAUUGACGGCUUUGCUCAUCUCACUAUUGUCAAGGAAGAUCUGGAUGAACCCAGGGCCAUUGUAGCUGACUCAUCCACUGGACUUAUCUACUGGUGUGACUACGGAGACAGCCCAAAGAUCGAGAGAGCGUCAUAUGACGGGUCGGUGAGAACCCCUAUUGUUACAAAGAAUCUUGUUCGACCGACAGGCAUCGCCAUCAACUCCGACGGCAAUGAACUAUUCUGGUGUGAUGAGGGUUCUGGUACGAUUGAAAAGUCUCGGCUUGACGGUCGCAACCGCGUCGUUUUGUCUUCCAGUGUGGGAUCUCAGUAUUUCGGCAUUAUAUAUUUCAGCGAUUAUCUUUUCUUCACCGACUGGAGCAAACACACUGUAUUUCGGAUGAACGAUGACGGCAGUGGACUAACCACAGUGGGGCCAGGUGGGUUUGGGCGCCUCAACGACAUCCACUAUCACAGAGACGGGUGGGGCCCAUCAGGUACCAACGGAUGUAGUAAUGGACGUGGUGGCUGCAGUCACAUCUGUCUGCCUAACCCUGACAAGGGUUUCUUCUGUGUUUGCCCUGACGGCCUGACCCUCCAGCCAGACGGACUCACCUGUGGCAGAACCAAGCCGUGCCCGGUUCUGUUUUCCCCGAAGUAUGGUUCUGUGUCCCCAAGCAACUGCACAGGGUAUGAAGCCACGGUAGGGACGUACUGCACGGUCACCUGCAUGCCAGGCUUCUCUCUCAUUGGUCAGUCAAAUCUACAAUGCAUGAGCAAUGGGCAGUGGAACAACAUCGGAGCUCCGCUUAUAUGUCAGGACACACAAGGUCCUAACAUCACUUGCCCACAGGACGUGUUCGUCAAGGCACCCAAAGGACAUGAGACAGCCACAGUCAACUGGACACAACCCGCAGCAACCGAUAACACUGGCCAGUAUGUGAACAUAUUUCAGAGUCAGACGCCACCACUUAACCUAGGUGAUGGAGUUUACACCGUCACAGUGGAUGCAGCAGAUGUAUCGGGCAUUACAAGUAAUUGCGUCUUCAAGAUUACAGUCACAGUGGUGGCAUGCACAGACUUCAUCCCCCCUCCAAACGGAUACAUUGAUUCAACCAUCUGCCGGUCGUUCUAUGGAUCAACUUGUCACAUCAACUGUCGCCCUGGUUACACUCUGUCUGGUCCACGUAACGUAACAUGUGACCUCAAUAACGCUGGACAAGCUCAGUGGACAAGUGGUACCACGUGUAAAGCUAUCAUCUGUCCAGCUCCACCGACUCCAGUCCACGGCAGAUUUCUGAGCUGUGAAACGCCUUACAACUACCAGGAGCUGUGUGAGCAGACCUGUCAGUCUGGCUUCUCGCCUUCAAGUGGGACGACGAUCAGGCGUUGUGAAGGAGGUACUUGGUCAGGCGAACAGCUUGUCUGCACCAAGACUAAUGACACCAGCAUUGUAACACCUAACAAUUCAUGUCCCGCCAUGGUAAAACCAAGUCAUGGUAACAUCCUUCCAAGUGCUUGUGUCGGCACCGACCUGGUACCGGGGAGUCGCUGUACACUGACCUGUGACUCGGGGUAUCAAGCAUUGUCCACAAACACCCUGACCUGCAGCAGCGACGGGAGAUGGACUCCCUCUGCCAACCCGCUGCUGUGUCUGUCUUCCAAUGCAUUAGGUUCAGCACCCGACAAUUCAACACCAGUGGUGGCUGGGUCCGUGACUGGUGUUAUAAUAGUCGUGUUGAUAAUCGCUGGCGCAAUACUUCUUCAUCUACAUCUGAAACGCCGUCCAGGAGGUUACGUCUACAAGUCUCAGGAAAGCACUAAUGGAAUAGAAAACCCAACCUUUGACAGCGAGAGUUAGCAUGACUGAGAUAAUCUCGUUCCACGGUACACUUUUCAGAAGACUGUUACACAUUUUGGCCAUCUCUUGUCAUUGCGGAUCAAGCUGAAUGGCGUGUCGGUCCUCUGGAAGAAUUCAAUAAUUGGCGUAUGAACAUCAAAACCAGAACGACAACUCUUGUUUCUGUUUAGUAAGUGUGUAUUUACUUCAUUGACGAAACACAAUGGGUUAUGACAAAGGUGACGCAGUGUGUACAUUCUAGGUAUUGAGAUGUGCAAUUUCGCGUGGAAAAUUAGUAUAUGAUCCGCUAAUUUACUCUGAGUACAGUCAUGGAAAAUGUCUACUUGACAAUCUCACAAUGUUUGAAGAUGUGUCGGCAAUAUGGUCAGGCUACACUAUUUAGCAUCAGACAAAUGUCAUGUUGUAGCUCUUAAAAUUAAAUAAUAUCAAAGUAUACUAUGCCACAAAUGAUCAGAAUGGGUCUUUUUGGUUAAUUAAUGCCAUUUGUAUUGUUUCUGUAAGGAGGAUAACUCGACAAUGUCUAGGAUUCCAUAGUAUACUGACUUCGUUCCGACUAGUCUUUAUGUAGCAGAAUACAUGGCCUCGUUGAGUUUGGAGACAUUUCAGGUUUUUUCUGUUAUCAGUUGAUGCUCUUUAAUGUAUAUGUUUGGUUAUUCAAUCAGUGGAAAAGAGAUUUUGUUUAGGGCUUGGUGGUGGAAUUUUAUAUGGCAAAGUUACAUCUCAGUUAUGUCCCUUUAUGUAAUAUUUACAUCACUAAGGAAGUGAGGUUGAACAGUUGGGCCUUAGUUCCACUCAUGCACAGUGUGAUCAGUCUCUGAUUGGGUUUAAUGUGUUUAUGUAUAUGGGUUAACCUUAGUGUCUUAUGACAGUUUACAUCCAGCCUCAACACAGCAGAACUUACAAUCUACACAGAAUAAUGUUAGUUUAUACUUAUUUCCCAAAUAAUAAGCUAAAGCUUAAGGUUACAUAUUCAAGACUAAUAUUAUAAUGUGUGAAUAACGCUUAUGAAAUACCUUAAAAUUGAUAAAUUAGUCAUUAACAUUUGCCAUUAUUGUAUACAUUGGGAGAGUAUGCAUCUGUAGUUUUCUGAAACUGGCAAAUGUUGAUUACUGAUGCCAAUGGGUAGAAGAAUACCACGUAUUAAUAUACUAUGUGAAUGUUCCUGACUGUAAUGUUUGGGCAAUGCAAAUGUGUAGAUAUUUUAAAUAAUGAAUGCAGAUAAUAUAUAUAUUGGGGAUAGUUGUCA